GUGGGCACUGAAAUCCAACUCACCCAUGUCUAUUUCCUGUAAUGGACAAACUUGAUGCUAAUGUGAGUUCCAAGGAGGGCUUCGGGUCAGUGGAGAAGGUGGUGCUGCUCACGUUUCUUUCGGCAGUCAUCCUGAUGGCCAUCCUGGGAAACCUGCUGGUGAUGGUGGCGGUGUGCCGGGACCGGCAGCUCAGGAAAAUAAAAACCAAUUAUUUCAUUGUAUCUCUUGCCUUUGCGGAUCUGCUGGUGUCGGUGCUGGUGAUGCCCUUUGGUGCCAUUGAGCUUGUCCAAGACAUCUGGAUUUAUGGGGAGAUGUUUUGCCUCGUCCGGACAUCUCUCGACGUCCUGCUCACAACAGCAUCCAUUUUUCACCUAUGCUGCAUUUCUUUGGAUAGGUAUUAUGCCAUCUGCUGCCAACCUCUGGUUUACAGGAACAAGAUGACCCCUCUGCGCAUCGCAUUAAUGCUGGGAGGCUGCUGGCUCAUCCCCACGUUCAUCUCUUUUCUCCCUAUAAUGCAAGGCUGGAAUAAUAUUGGCAUAGUUGACUUGAUAGAGAAAAGGAAGUUCAACCACAACUCUAACUCUACGUACUGUGUCUUCAUGGUCAACAAACCCUACGCCAUCACCUGCUCUGUGGUGGCCUUCUACAUACCCUUCCUCCUCAUGGUGCUGGCCUAUUACCGCAUCUAUGUCACGGCCAAGGAGCACGCGCGCCAGAUCCAGAUGCUGCAGCGUGCGGGAGGGGCCCCUUCCGAAGGCAGGGCCCAGCCUGCGGACCAGCAAAGCACCCACCGCAUGCGGACAGAGACCAAAGCAGCCAAGACCCUGUGCAUCAUCAUGGGCUGCUUCUGCCUCUGCUGGGCUCCGUUCUUUGUCACCAAUAUCGUGGAUCCUUUCGUAGACUACACUGUCCCUGGGCAGGUGUGGACCGCUUUCCUCUGGCUCGGCUAUAUCAAUUCCGGAUUGAACCCCUUUCUCUACGCCUUCUUGAAUAAGUCUUUUCGACGUGCCUUCCUCAUCAUCCUCUGCUGUGAUGAUGAACGCUACAGAAGACCUUCCAUUCUGGGCCAGACCAUCCCCUGUUCUACUACCACCAUUAAUGGUUCCACACAUGUACUAAGGGAUGCAGUGGAGUGUGGUGGUCAGUGGGAGAAUCAGUGCCAUCCCCCAGCAACAUCUCCUUUGGUGGCUGCUCAGCCCAGUGACACUUAGGCCCCGGGGACAAUGACCCAGAAGACAUCUGUGGCUCCGAGAGAGAGAGCUAGAUCCUCUAGGAUGCUGCUUGUGCCUGAUUGCACCUGGCAUUCUCCUCAUCACUCAAGGCUUU